GCAACAACAAAUAUAUAUAAUGGGUUAUAUAUGGCCUGGCCUUUCUUGAAAUUCCUAUGAGGUGAAGUCCACACAAAACGAAAGAAAAAACAAGUUCACAGUAGGGGAGGAGCUAGGAGAUUUCUUUAUUUCGCUGGGAAAUCGUUCGAGACUUUUGAGCCACUCGAACAAACAACUCCCAUUUCAUACAUUUGCAAUUUUGAGUUCCGCAUUAGAUUAAAGAUUUGAUUUUUAACAUCUGGGUAUUUCUGCAACCAUUUGCCCAUCUGUAAUGCGGAAAACUCGGCGAUUCUCUCCGGGGCCGGAGCCGGAUCUGAUCGGCGAAGCUCCGGUGGCAAUUUGAUGGGACCUGUGUGGUCUGGAGUAGCGGCGGUCUUGAAAGCUGCUUUUAAUGGAGUUGAGGAUUUGGUGUUGUAGUUUAUGUAGUACUGUUAGUGUUUGUUCAAAGCCGCUGGAGUUUUCUGCUAAGCUUCGAUUUCCAAUCUUUCUUCUCCAGGUUGUAUUGCUGUUACUCUGCUUUGAGUUUGGACAAACAUCAAUUCACGGGCAUCGGUUACUGAGGCAAGGGACAGAAAAGGAAAAUGAAGAUAUUAUAACUCAUUCUUGCAUUCACGAUCAGAUCAUUGAACAGAGAAAACGACCCGGACACCGGGUCUAUUCGGUUACCCCUCAGGUCUAUGAGGCGCCUGCUGUUUCAGAGCCUAUUCACCGAAAGGGAAGGGCGUUGCUGGGAAUAUCAAGGAAGUCAAAGGAUGUUAUGCAACCAAUUAGAAUUAUUUUAAAUUAUGAUGCUGUUGGGCACUCAUCCGAUAGAGACUGUCAAAAUGUUGGAGAUGUUGUUAAGUUAGGUGAACCACCAGGGGCUUCAUAUUCUGUUACACCUUGUAAUCCUCAGGGGGAUCCUCCAAUUUACGGGGAUUGCUGGUAUAACUGUACUUUAGAUGAUAUAGCUGGAGAGGACAAAAAACACCGCUUACGCAAGGCACUUGGGCAAACAGCUGAAUGGUUUAAACAUGCAUUAGCUGUUGAGCCUGUGAGAGGGAACCUGCGGUUGAGUGGAUAUUCUGCUUGUGGACAGGAUGGUGGUGUGCAACUUCCUAGAGAGUAUGUGGAAGAAGGAGUUGCUGAUGCAGAUCUAGUUCUUUUAGUAACUACAAGGCCUACAACUGGCAAUACACUUGCUUGGGCAGUCACAUGUGAGCGUGAUCAAUGGGGUCGUGCUGUUGCUGGGCAUGUAAAUGUUGCUCCACGUCACUUGACUGCCGAAUCAGAAACCUUACUUUCAGCUAGUCUAAUACAUGAGGUUAUGCAUGUUCUAGGAUUUGACCCACAUGCUUUUGCACAUUUUAGAGAUGAGAGGAAGCGAAGGCGUAUUCAGGUGACUGAGCAAGCCAUGGAUGAAAAGCUUGGAAGAUUGGUGACUAGAGUGGUGCUUCCUCGAGUGAUCAUGCACGCUCGCUAUCACUAUCGAGCGUUCUCAGCUAAUUUUAGUGGAUUAGAGCUUGAAGAUGGAGGUGGGCGUGGAACAUCAGGGUCUCACUGGGAGAAAAGGCUAUUGAUGAAUGAGAUAAUGACUGGGUCAGUUGACACAAGAUCAGUGGUUUCCAAAAUGACACUUGCCCUACUUGAGGACAGUGGAUGGUACCGUGCUAAUUACAGCAUGGCUGAUCGCCUCGACUGGGGACGCAACCAAGGAACACACUUUGUCACUUCCCCUUGCAAUCAGUGGAAGGGGCCCUACCAUUGCAACUCCACACAGUUUUCCGGAUGCACUUACAACCGAGAGGCUGAAGGUUACUGUCCUAUUGUUAACUACAGCGGCAAUCUUCCCGAAUGGGCUCAAUAUUUCCCACAAGCUAACCGAGGUGGUCAGUCAUCAUUAGCUGAUUAUUGCACUUAUUUUGUUGCAUACUCUGAUGGAUCAUGUACAGACACUAACGGCGCACGUGCGCCUGACCAGAUGUUAGGAGAAGUUAGGGGGAGCAAUUCAAGGUGCAUGGCUUCAUCAUUGGUGCGCACCGGUUUUGUACGUGGUUCUAUGACCCAGGGAAAUGGUUGUUAUCAGCACAGAUGCUUUAACAACUCCCUACAGGUUGCUGUAGAUGGCAUUUGGAAAGUAUGCCCUCUUGCCGGUGGACCAGUUACCUUUCCUGGUUUUAAUGGUGAGCUGAUCUGCCCUGCUUAUCAUGAGCUUUGCCAUGAAAACCCGUUUCCAGUAUCCGACCGUUGCCCAGCUUCAUGCAAUUACAACGGGGAUUGCAUUGACGGGAAAUGCCACUGCUUUCUUGGAUUUGAGGGACAUGAUUGUAGUAAACGUUCCUGCCCCAACGGUUGUAGUGACCACGGCAAGUGCCUAAGAAACGGUGUUUGUGAGUGUGAUAUUAGGUACACCGGCAUUGAUUGUUCCACAGCGAUAUGCGAUGAACAGUGCAGCCUUCACGGCGGCGUGUGCGACAACGGAGUCUGCGAGUUCCGGUGCUCGGACUACGCCGGCUACACUUGCCAGAACAGCACGGCGCUCCUUCCCAGCCUCUCGGUCUGCAAAGACGUGCUGAGGAAGGACGCCGCCUGGAAACACUGCGCUCCCAGUGAGUUGAGCAUCUUGCAGCAGCUUGAAGAAGUUGUUGUGAUGCCCAAUUACCACAGGCUCUUCCCCGCCGGGCCCCGCAAGAUACUUAACCUCAUCCGAGGCCGUGACUGCGAUGGUGCCGCUAAGCGCUUGGCGUGCUGGAUCUCAAUCCAAAAGUGUGACAAGGAUGGGGACAACAGGCUAAGGGUUUGCCACUCGGCCUGCCAGGCCUACAACUCGGCAUGCGGGGCGUCUCUUGACUGCUCAGACCAGACGCUGUUUAGCAGUGAUGGCGAGGGGGAAGGCGUAUGCACCGGGUGGGAUGACGAGUUUAUGUAAAUUGUAGUAGCAGUAGUGCAGCCUUUGUGUGUCUGUCAUUUUCUCUCCUCUUUGGCACAAUCAAGAAGAAAGAAGAAGGCCAUGACGGGGGAGAGGGAGAUUUGUUGACUUUUUACAGAGAAAUCAAUUGCUCUAAUGGAUUUGGCCAAAGGCCUUCAGAACAGAGCAAUGGGGAAACAAAAAAACACAAAUCUUUGCUCUCUUUGUUUUGUUUUGUUGCAUAAUUUUAAAGUCGUUUGGUUAACCGCGUU